AUGUCUGCACGAAUUAAGCCUAAGACAGGCCGUCGACGUUUUCCUCCUUUGCCAGGUUAUACCGACAAGAGAGCUAGAGAUCUAUCCCUAUCGCGACAGCCUGAGGACAUGGACACUGUUGAAAAAAGCGAGGCACUUAUAGACCCAGAGGCGAAGUCGUUUUUCAAUGGCAUCGCCCACCAAACGCCCUGCGUUUUUCUCUGUUUAGGCUCACCAGGCAACUGUCGAGUUGUUCAGGUACAGGUCAGGGACGAUGACGAGGAGGAAGAGGUUUUUAAUGCCAUGAAGGAGAGCUGGUCCAAAAACAGAAAGUGGAUGCCAUUUCGCAAGGUCACUGGGGUCCAAGAGGUGACUUUUCGAUUUAUUGGGCAACAACGAAGCGAAAAGUUAGGCAAGCAUACCCUUGUCGGGAUAUAUGAGCCGUUAGACACCAUGCAGUUGCAAAAGAACCUUCGAGAUGAGCUAGAAGCCAUCAAAGAGACAGCUAGCGUCUGGAAAAGCCCAGAUAUAUUUGACAUGUGUCGACAGGAGUACACAAGUGGCGAAUGGGUUCAUGCUGCAGAUUGUCCCAUUCAUUGCGAUUCUGAUCGCGACUGCGAUACUGAUCGCGGCUGCGAUAUUGAAAGGUUUGAACGCGUACAGCACCACCUGCGCAGCCUUUCUCUCAAGCCGGCACUUACCAUAGCUUUUCACAAUCCCUCGCUAGCCAAAGGCCAGCGGUUGUUGGAUGGUCUGCAACAAGGUCCUGGGCUUUAUUCAGCUAGGUAG